AAUAACCGGCUCGUCUCGCUCUCUCUCUCUCUCUCUCCAGUCAUUUCUCUCUCUGCAUUUAUCUCUGUUGCCCUGCGAGAUCGGACAAGACGGCUCGGAACCCUAAUCUAUUGUAUGAUUUCUCCAUCGUAUUGAUUGUGAUAAAUUUCCCGUGAUCGAUCCCGGGUGGUUUGGUGUCCAAAGACGAAGUGUUCUUCAAACCCUGAAGAAUUUCUUGCGUGCGUCAAAGCUGAUAUAGGGAUUAAGUUUAUAUUUGGUGGCUGAACUUUCGAAGUUGAUUUUCGAGAUUUUACAAACCAAUGGGAAUCAUGCACCGGAGUGGUGCUCCCAGAAGAACAAAUGAAAGUGCAAAGCUUAUUAUCACAACAAUUUUAGGAAUGGUGGUUGGGUUUUUCAUUGGUAUCACAUUCCCGUCCGUUUCUUUUAUAAAGAUUAAUUUACCCUCAGGCCUUAUAUCAUCUCUUGAUGUAGCAAUGUCAAAUGGGAGGUUAUUUUCUGGUGGCAAAUCGCCUGAAGAUUUUGGUUCUAGAGAAUUCCCUAAGAUAUAUGUUCCAAGUAAUCCGCGUGGUGCUGAAUUACUCCCUCCUGGAAUUGUUGAGGCAGAAACAGAUUUCUACUUGCGCAGAUUAUGGGGUGAACCGAGUGAAGAUCUGAAGAAGAAGCCAAAAUAUCUUGUAACAUUUACAGUUGGAUUUGAGCAGAGGAACAAUAUUGAUGCAGCUGUUAAGAAGUUUUCGGACGAUUUCCAAAUUUUGUUGUUCCAUUAUGAUGGUCGGACGACUGAAUGGGACCAUUUUGACUGGUCAAAGAAUGCAAUUCAUAUUAGUGUAAGAAGGCAAACAAAAUGGUGGUAUGCAAAGAGAUUUUUGCAUCCUGAUAUUGUCUCGGCUUAUGAGUUCAUAUUUAUAUGGGAUGAAGAUCUUGGAGUCGAGCACUUCAAUGCAGAGAAGUACAUUGAGUUAGUUAAGAAGCAUGGUUUGGAGAUUUCCCAACCGGGUCUGGAGCCUAACAAUGGACUCACUUGGGAAAUGACAAAGAGGAGGGGUGACCGUGAGGUCCACAAAGAAACACAAGAAAAACCAGGAUGGUGCAGUGACCCACAUUUACCUCCAUGUGCUGCCUUUGUUGAAAUUAUGGCACCUGUCUUUUCUCGAGAAGCAUGGCGGUGUGUGUGGCAUAUGAUUCAGAAUGAUCUGGUUCAUGGCUGGGGCCUUGACUUUGCUCUCAGGCGUUGCGUCGAGCCUGCGCAUGAAAAGAUCGGAGUGGUGGAUUCCCAAUGGAUUAUACAUCAAGUGAUUCCUUCCCUUGGAAAUCAGGGUCAAGCAGAGAAGGGGAAAGCCCCAUGGCAAGGGGUGAGAGAGCGAUGCAGAAACGAAUGGGGAAUGUUCCAGAACCGACUGGCGGAAGCCGAUAAAGAGUACCUCGCUCCUAUGGGAAAAGGAUAAGUGUUUUUUUUUUCGUCCUCUGUACAUGAAUGAAAAACUUCCUCCCCACACACACGCACACUCACUUGCACUUGGUUUUGUAUGUUCUCUGUGAUGAUUCCGAGUUGCUGGUUUUAGCAAAGUGUAGUGAGGUUUCUAAGGAUAGAUGUAUGUUUCUUGGUGCAGUUUAUCUUCCUGCAUCAAAAUAAAUGGUGCUCGUAGGUAACGUUUCUUAUCUUACAAACUUUUGUUCCGUUCUGUUCUGUCUGUUUGUUUGUUACCCUUUUCGAACGAAUCUUGAUUGUGGGUUUCGUUGAUCAUCUUUACAAAGCAAAAUAAAUCGAGUUCUAGAGGUGGUUUUU